UGCAAUAACCAUCGACAGCAAGAGAAAAAAAGAGCGGUCGAGGACGUGAUUGAUGCCUGUCAAGAAGAAUAGUAAUUUGAAAUUCAACCAGGACAAAAGAGACUCAAAUACAAGAAAGAGAGAAAGAACGAAAAGAGAUAAUUGGAAGAGCAAAAGAGAAAGAAUUCAGACCUUCAGGAUAAUAGUCAAAGAACGAUCUCGCAACAACGAAUCCCUCAUCAUCGCCGUUGUCGCAUAGCAGCUGAAACGUGCCAUUACCAGCAAAGAUACGAUGGCAUCCAACAACGGUCAAACUCCGGGAACAACCUUCCCCGUGAUGCCGUUGUCUAUUCCCAAAGAUAUUGCCCAAAACGAAGCAGCGUUGUCGUCCUCUCUUCCGUCGUCCUCGUCGUCGACGACAACGAUAUCAAAGCCCGGUGUCCCGGGAACACCAAAAAGCAUAUACGAAAUGAUCAUGUCCAAUCCACCUCCGACGUCGGCUAACUACACCCCACAGGCUGCAAUGCAUCGUCCCGUUGAAUAUUAUAGCGAAACCAACAGGGUGGAUCGAGGACGCGGGUACAACAAAGACUACGCCCUCGACAAACUCACACGAAAAUCCCUCCCGUACUUCAUGCCGUGGAAGACUUCCGGCGGACCCACCGAAAUACCCCCCAACUAUGCCUGGUUGAUGGACGGCUGCGCAGGAAAGGCUGCCAUCGGUGUCUUUGGUGGCGGGGUGAUGGGGCUGUUGAUGGGGGUAUUUCUAGGAGCCCUCUCGGAUUCGCAGCCUCCCAUCCAGGUCGCCGGUGGAAAGGACGUGCCGCAGGCACCCUUCAAGGAGCAGGCCCGGUACACGAUGCGGGCCACCGCCGAGAAGUCCAUGUACUGGUGCCGUAAUUUCGCCUUCAUCACGGGGGUCUUUGGUGGGUCCGAGUGCCUUGUGGAAAAGUUCCGUGGCAAGCACGACAUGUGGAAUCCGGUCGUCAGCGGAUGCAUCACCGGCGCCGCCCUCCAGGCACACGCGGGGCCGCAGGCGGCUGCGGUUGGGUGUGGUGGAUUUGCGGCAUUUUCCAUCGUGAUCGACAAGAUUAUGGGAAACUAUGACUAGCGAACAAUGAGCACAAAUCAAUGGAAGAAAGACAGAGACUGGUAAAGUUCGACCGAGUCAAGAACGCUAUUUUAUGCCGUGUCGUACGAUCCGUGUCAGUUUCAUUAGUAGAAACUACAUUGAUUUGAAGUUCACACAAUAUGCACUAACUUUUUCGUAUCAUAGACUGAAAACAGUAGCUACGGAGCAAACCAGUAAAAUCUUUAUUCUUAU